AUGAGUUUGCUGCCAUCUGAUCCUCACAACAUGCCUCUGCUAAAAGGAGUGACCAUCGCCAGUGGAGGAGUCCUGCCUAGGAUUCAUCCCGAGCUGUUGGCCAAAAAGCGAGGGGCCAAAGGCAAGUCUGAAACAAUCCUUUCCCCUCCCCCAGAGAAGAGAGGGAGAAAAUCAACUUCAAGCAAGAAGGGUGGAAAGAAAGCCAAAGCCGCCAAACCAAGGACAUCCAAAAAGUCCAAAGCCAAGGAUGGUGACAAAGAAGGAACCUCGAACUCCACUUCGGAAGAUGGACCUGGAGAUGGAUUCACUAUCCUUUCUUCCAAGAGUCUUGUUCUGGGGCAGAAGCUGUCCCUGACACAGAGUGACAUCAGCCAUAUUGGCUCCAUGAGAGUAGAGGGCAUCGUCCACCCGACCACCGCAGAAAUAGACCUCAAGGAAGACAUAGGGAAAGCUUUGGAAAAAGCUGGUGGGAAGGAAUUCCUGGAGACUGUCAAGGAACUGCGCAAAUCCCAAGGACCUUUGGAAGUGGCUGAAGCCAUUGUCAGCCAGUCCAGUGGCCUGGCGGCCAAGUUCGUUAUCCACUGUCACAUCCCCCAGUGGGGCUCCGAGAAAUGCGAGGAACAGCUUGAAGAGACCAUCAAGAACUGUUUGUCCGCUGCAGAGGACAAGAAGCUCAAGUCGGUGGCGUUCCCACCCUUCCCCAGCGGCAGAAACUGCUUUCCCAAACAGACGGCGGCCCAGGUCACCCUCAAGGCCAUCUCGGCCCACUUCGACGACUCGAGCUCCUCGUCCCUGAAGAACGUCUACUUCCUGCUUUUUGACAGUGAGAGCAUCGGCGUCUACGUGCAGGAAAUGGCCAAGCUGGACAUCAAGUAAAGCCCCGAAGCGGAGACCCUCAUUGUUGCCCCCUCUGCGGGGUCCGAAGAAGAUUCAGCUUGGAAUGAGAGUCAGGCAUUGAUUUAAAAAAAAUGAGGAAGGGAGAGGGUGGGAGAUGGAGGCAGCCCCAUUGGAUGGAGAUGGAGCGCUCCCCAACAUGAAGAGGGGGGAAGCGGUUGGCGCUGUCGCCGAUACUAGCCCUCCAUGCAAGGUGCCCACCGCCCCCAUUUUCUAUUCACCUUAACUAUCCUCCGUCCCACAUUAUCCCGGCCCCCCUCCGGGAUUGCUACGCGUGUGUCUUCUUGUCAUUUUAGAACUUAUUUUCCAAGGACAGACCUCGUUUUAGAUUUGUAGCAUUGACUUUUACAGGCAAAAAAAAAAAAAAAAAAAAAACCUUUCAAAAUUCUUUAAAAAAAAAUCUUCUGUUCCUCUUUCUUUUUCCAAGAGGGGAGGGCAUGACAAAUGACUUUGGUUUUGUCUGUUGUCUACAUUCCAUGUCGGAAAGAAAAAUCUGAAAGACAUUUUUCACUUGGUGCUUUUUCUCAAAUAUGUUUUCUCCCCCCUAAUAAUCUCUGUAACUU